AUGCCUAGCGCUCCCAGAUCAACAGCCUGCCAGACUUGCAAGCAGAAAAGAACCAAGUGCGAUAAAAAAUGGCCAGCAUGCACACAAUGCAUUCGAAAGGGUCUCGAAUGCCCAGGGCCUUCGUCCCUGGUCAAGUUCGUCAGAAAUGGCUACCGGUCUACUUCCCCUUCGCAUAAAUUGGCGUUGGCCGAAGGAUCCGAAUCCCCUCAGCCGCGGGUUCUGGUAAGCCAAGGCCCGUUGAAGUCAUAUCGUGGUGGGAACGGGGUAGAGGGUAGCUUUCGUCUCCAAGUUCCCCGUUCUAAGCUUCAAACCGCCGUGGAUAGCACUGGGUCUCUGUUGAUUAGUCUCCUGGGCACAAGGGGAACUUCGACCUUUGGGACCCUUCACUUUCUGGAGUUCUGUCCCACGAGGAUGUCACAAAGUGAGUGUUUGAGGGACUGCGUAGCGCUCUAUUGCCAUGCUUGGAUCCAAUGCCACCACUACCGUCGACCCGUUUCGAUGGUGCUUGCAGGCAAAAUAUACGGUGACGCAAUCCAGAGUUUGCGAAAAGCAACCAACAAUGAUCAACUGUACACGGUUGAGACGCUGGGCGCAAUGGUCCUGCUGGAACGAUUAAUGUACCCCUGCAGACUCUCUAAGCCGAAAGAAUCAGUGCGUCACCAACUUGGAAUCCGGCAUGUGAUGAAGCAAAUUGGCCCUCCAAAUCCAGAUGAUGACCUACAUAUCUGGCUGGUCCGGGGAUCAGUCAACACGAUGUAUCAUGUGGCCAAGUAUAGCUCCAGUGAAGAUUUCGCCGAACCCGCAGCCGGUACGCCCAGCAGCGAGACAACUGGAAAAUCCCCAUAUUGGGGGGAUGGUAGCCACUGGGAAAUAGAAGACGAAGACAAAGAUGAUGAUGAUGAUGAGUUCACAACACAUGACGACGACGACGAUGGGGUCAUUGACGAUGCUAAACACCAAGACAAACUCAUUAACAGAGGGAGAGCUCUUGUCUUGCGGAUCGCUCUCCGUCACACCAAGAACUGGCUCCCAAAGAUAAGCGAACUGCGACAGAAUCCUCCUGAUGCGGAGUGGCAGAAGGCCACUCUCACACAAAAGAUAGAGAAGCUCGAAAUGGCUCUUGGGAACGUAUUGAAUAAAGCCUGGAAGUCGUGUUUGGCUUCAGGAUCUAUUGUUGAGAGCCAGGAUCCCAGCUUCUUCCUCGGCCGCAGGUUCGACUUUUCAUCCUUGAAGCUAGCAGAGGAUCUGUUGAGCAUGCUUCUAUACCACGCCAUGACUAUACGCAUGCUUGGUGUCUUGGGUGACAUCAACGGCAACGCGGAUGAGUCAUUAUUGAGCAAGUACAAAAGCAUAUGCCACCGCUGCUGGUUGUGCUUUCCGUAUUUAUGUACCGUCGACGCCGUUUUCCAAGCCAGCAUGUUCAAUAAGCUCCUGGUGACACUGGAGCCUGCGACUUUGGAAGAGCUUGGUCAUUUCCUUGCGCUCGAAAUGGACUGGACGUCAUGCGGCGUUAAAGACCCGAAGGACGUCAAAUCGUUCUUCUUUUGGGUCCAUGGUAUGGUGACGUUCUUCACAGGCCAAUCGAACUGUCCAACAGGAUAUUGA